UCUUUUUUCCAAUGUUACACGUGCAGUACUUCGAUUAGGGUUAAAUAGAUUUAUACAGCUGCCUCUAUGGAGUGCUUUGCCCUAGGGACCUUUUUAUCCCAGCUUUAAAUAGGGGUUGUGCUUUCAUUAUUCGAAAGUUGGCUUGAGCAUAUUCAUGCAUUUGAAACAUUGUGACGGCGAUUUAGCAUUAAAGGGAUUGUUACUCUUGAUAAAAAAUAUACUAACGAAAAAGUAUUGCGAAAAGCUCGUUUUGAAGUGCGCUAUUCGAACUUGAAUUACCGUUUGGCUUCAUUUAAAUGGGGGGUGAUAUUGCAGGCAAACAGCGUCUGCUAUUUGCAUUUAGUGACGUUUUCUGAAGGGAUGAGUCUAACUCAGCCUUUAGAAAAUGCUGUUCAGAAGUCUGUUCUGUCACAAUGCUGCACCUUAUUGGGAUUCAUCCCAAAGACUGCCUACCGGAGCCUGCCGAUUCUUCAUAGUUGAGUUACAGUACUUAGAGAUACAGUAUAUAGCUCAGCGCCUACUGUAACAGCGGUAUAAAUCUGUUUGGUUACUGUGCUAGCUGCUUAGUAACUGUUCUCUCUAGCAUCAUAUUAUUAUUAUUAUUAUUAUUAUUAUUAUUAUUAUUACAACAAAGUGCAUUCAGAAACAAUCUUUAAAAUGUCAUCGUCAAUAAACGGAUCCUUUAACAUAACGGGAAACAUGUCGAAUCAAUUUAUUCAACCGUCUUGGCAAAUAGGUCUGUGGUCUAUUGCCUACGGGUCAGUGGUAGCAGUCUCAGUUUUUGGUAACCUGAUUGUUAUUUGGAUAAUUCUGGCUCAUAAGAGAAUGAGAACCGUCACCAACUACUUUUUAGUGAACCUGGCUUUUUCCGAUGUUUCAAUGGCCGCAUUCAACACCCUCAUUAACUUUAUUUAUGCUAUUCAUAACGAGUGGUACUUUGGACAGCAUUACUGCAAGUUUCACAACUUCUUCCCCAUCACCUCUGUCUUUGCCAGCAUCUAUUCCAUGACUGCCAUUGCUGUUGACAGAUACAUGGCCAUCAUCCAUCCUCUGAAGCCAAGACUGUCGGCGACCGCGACUAAGGUGGUUAUAGUGAGCAUCUGGAUAUUAGCAUUUGUGUUGGCCUUUCCAGUCUGCUUUUACUCCAAAACCAGGCUCUUCCCAGGGAGAACUCUAUGCUACAUUCACUGGCCAAGAAACAAGGAUUCCUCCAUGUAUCAUAUCAUUCUGACUGUGCUGGUCUAUCUCCUGCCCCUGGGUGUAAUGGGAAUUACCUACACCAUAGUAGGCAUUACCCUGUGGGGAGGGGAGAUCCCAGGAGACACCUCUGACAAUUACCAUGAACAACUCAGAGCCAAGAGAAAGGUUGUUAAAAUGAUGAUCAUUGUGGUAGCCACUUUUGCCAUUUGUUGGCUUCCCUAUCACAUUUAUUUCAUCAUGACUGGGAUAUACCGGGACCUGAAUCGGUGGAAAUACAUUCAGCAAGUUUAUCUUGCUAUUCUUUGGUUGGCUAUGAGUUCCACGAUGUACAACCCCAUCAUUUACUGCUGCCUUAACAGCAGGUUCAGGGCAGGGUUCAAGCGAGCAUUCCGAUGGUGCCCAUUCAUUGAAUUCUCCAGCUACGAUGAGCUGGAGUUGAGAACCACACGAUUUAACCCAGCCCGCCAGAGCAGCAUGUACACAGUCUCCAGGAUUGAAUCCAGUACGACUGUUGUCUUCGAACCCAAUGAGGGAGACAAUCCUGACUGUGCAAGGAAGAAAAGUGUCACUUCACGAUAUACCAGCAUCAAUGGCUGUUCUGGCAACAGUACUAAAACAUCCCGGAGUUCAAGUUUUUACAGCACCACAAACACCUCGGUAGAGGACUAUUCCUGAAGCCUUCAGAUAGAAACACUGCAGUGUGGACAAAAUAAUCUCAAUGUAUAGAUCAACCUGUAAUUUGCUAUAUAAACUUCAGUGUACAGUAUUGUUCAAAACAUUGGGUUAUCAACUUAUGACUAUCCUAUAUUCUUUCUACAACAUUUAGUACUUAAAUAAUUCCUGUAGGUUUGCAGUAUAUUUGGAUUCACUGCCAUUUUGAAAACUACAAUUAGGUGAGUUGCAAGGUGCAAUAGUAUCUGUUCAGAAAUAUUCUUGGUUAGUAUUCUAUUUAUACUCAUUUACUAGCCCCCAAAACUAAGACAUCCAAUAUAAUAUUAGAUCUAUUUACCCAUUUCACGUAUUGAUAUUAUACCAUAUACAGUCAUUUCUUCUGCAAAUAAACUGACAUCAUCUAGAAUUUAUACUUUAUAGACCAUACUGCUUGAAGUAAUGGCUUAAUAUUUCAAAUACACUGUACAUGUACUUAUUAGUGUUUUACUUACUUUGAAGUCAAAACCAACUUUGGCUUCCAGAAAUCCUUAACUUCAGACAUGUGACAACCUUUCAUCUUUUAAGUAUGAGAUGAGAUAUAAACACUGUGGAAGUCAUCUCGGCUGACAGCUGCUUGCUUGACUUGAGUCCUGCAAGCUCUGUGAAUGUUGGUCAUGCCUUGUUGGUCAUUUGAUUUUGAACAGUCCUGUUUUUUAACCAUUGUAUUGCACAUCUCUGUUUUCAACAAUUCAGUGGUUUCUUUGUUGUUUCCACCAUAACGUUGCCCCCUUUAAUAAGUUAGCCAAUAUUUACAUGUUGUUCAUGUGAUGUUUCUUUCUUCAAAUCUGGAAGACAAUUCAACUUCCAUUUUACAUUUAUUUUCAGUUUGAUUUCGGCAUCAGCAGUGGUUUUUGAUUUGGUAUGAUUUUAUUAAAGUGUUGCAAAUGCAAGCACAUUUCAUAUAUUUAAUAAACUGCUUUAAAUUGUCUUAUUGUAUUAUAUUGUUUUGAACAUAAUAUGAUCUAAAAUGAUUAAGCUACAAAGAAUAACUUUAUUAUGGGAAACUUAAUAAAUAUUUCUAACAAUCAAAAUAACCCAGUUUUGCAUAAUACUGUAUUUAAACACACAUACAAAUGUACACACACAGAACAGCAAGUGGAGUUUAUGAAUUGCUUUAUAAUAUUAUUUCUAGCAAUAUGUAGCAUAAAUAUUGCCAUCUUCUAGAUGCUAGCUAGAGGGAAACUUUGCUAUUUGAUUGCUGUUAAUUCUGUUUCUGAAACAACAUCAAGAAAUUUGAAAUAAUACAAUACUGAUGAGGCACAUAUCCUUCACAUUAUUUAAUUUGAAAAACUGAAAAACCUGUCAUUACUUAUCACUAUUUUUCAGGGAGAAAGAAAGUUUAAAUGAACAAAACUCGUUCAAAUGUUUAAUUAGCUUUGAUGGUAUGUACAUACAGAAACCUAUCAAGUCUAAAACUGGUCAACAUUUGGUUCAUUUAAUGAAGUUUUGUGUAUGUAAUUUACCUAAACAGUGUUUGUUUUAUAGUCUUCUGCUAAAUCUGUUCCUGCUGCUACAACCUAACCCCUUUCUGAGCUUUAGUUGUGUUCCAGCUAUCUUAAGAAUAUUUUAAAAUUCUAUAAUUUUGACAGAGUUGCAUCAAUAAUAAAUAUAACAUUGCAUUUAAAUACAAAUAUAAAACUUAAAAUCAAAGAUAUUUUAACAGUUGCCUCUUACAGUAAAACACGCCUUUCAUAUAAAUAAAUGGUUAUAAAAGCCAUCAACAUCCAAUAUGUCAUUCAUCUCCAGGUUAUGUUGUAUCCCUUGUUAAGUUUUUGAAACAAAAGUCUAAAGAGUUAUCUUGACCUUUUCUAAUGUUACCACACUCUGUCUAUAAUUUAUAAACAGAUAAACAGUACAGAAUGAAUGUCUUUUAAUGUAUUUACAUUAAAAUAUCAGCUUAGAUUGUCUUACAGUAGGAAUAGAGAUGUAUAUCAAAUAGUUUUUUUAAGUAUUACUGCUAUAAUGGGGUUAAGCAUCUUUUUAUAUUACGUGUAUGCGUAAAUGUACUCUGUGUUAUGCCUAAACAAUUGAUAUUCUGAAAUAGCCUUGUUGUUUUGUAAAUAGUACAUUUCAAAUGCUUUUUGUUACUUCUGAAAAUCGUGUGAAACUGAUUCUGUACAAGUGCCAUGAUUGUAGUUUGUCUUGUGCUGUGGAGUCAUACUGUAUAACUCUAAUCUCUAGACAAUAUAAAUCCUUACACCUAUAUCGUGUACGCUGAUACACCAUCAUAAUUUAAGUCUGUAACAUUGCUGAGAAGUUUAAUUCUUUUCAACACAGGUCCACAAUUUCCUGUUUCAUUCCAAAGAAAAGCAAAACAUUCAACAUCAUUUAGAUUUGUCCAUUAUUUAUAGGCUGCUUGGACUUUUGUAUGACCAGUUCUAUGAACAAAAUGCUUUGUCAGGUUGCAUAUUAUUUUUUGCAUUGCCAGUCUGAGAUACACCUUUGCUUAUAGCUGCUAUCGCUGAGUUACUCUGCACUCUUCUCAGAGAUGGAAUACUACUUUGUGUCACAGCUCUCUCCAAGCUGCAGGGAGAGGGCUGUUCUGUCAGAAUGAGCUAUUCAAAAGGGUGAAUGCACUGGAAACUGUCUGCCUCCUGCAGUGACAUUUAAAAGCCAAAGUGUCCUAGUUAUAAGAAACAUGCUUCAGUUUGUUUAACUUUGUUUUAGCUCCUGGAGAAAGCUCUGAAGUCGCUUAUAACUGUGGUAUAUUCUGAGUGUGUGUAUGUGGAUGUGUGAUCAGACUUUGGAGGUCUAAUACCAGCUGCUGGUGAGGAGCCUUACAAAUUAUAAAGCAGACUUGUACCUCAUGGCUGAGAUGGCCACUGCUGGAAGCCAUCCCAAGUUCAGAGGCCAAACCUUGAGGAGCACAACAAAUGAAACCUCUGACCCUUUCCCUGAGUCAGGGUCUUCCUGCAAGGUGCUGUUAAGGCACAACAGCAGUGAACUGAAAAGAAAACAAGAAUGUGGCUCAAAGCGUUCUAUUUAAUUAGCUGAUAGUCAGAAGGCUUCAGUGUCCUGUAUUUCAUAUUUAGUAUAUUUUAUGAGUACUUACAAAUUUAACAUGUUUUCUGCAGUGAACUGAUGAACAGGUAAAAGUCACUACUAGUCAAAUGCAUGGUAUUUACUUUGAAGUACUGAGUUGGAUAACUUGUGUAAACAGCUGUCAAACUCAUUCCAUCUUAUUGUCAUACUGUAUGUGUACAAUAAUGUGACAGUUUCGCUGUUUAUUUUGCAGCUGCUCUGAAAGUUUAUAAACUGGUCUUGUUAUUUAACCUUAAAAGACAUGGUUCUGGUAAAGUAUGUCAGCAUUACUUAAAAAUGAAUGUAUUUUAACAUGUAGUGAAGUGAAUGAUAGCUUUUUUUUGUACAUGAAAAUGUAAUACACAAUGGAAAUGACUUUUGAAUGUACUCGCUCAUUUUCUGGGGUUUAUAUAAUAAUUUGUGAGAAUGACCAGAACAAUGCACUCGUUUAAAGUUCGAUUGUUUCAUUUAAGACCACCAAUGUCACUUAUUUACAUUAUUUGUCUGGCCAGGAGGUGUGAGGAUUUCUGUAUUUACCUGGCAUUAAAUGGUUUUAGCUAUAAUAGAUAUGUAGCCUUGCAUCAUUUUAUUUAGUUAAACCAGAGGGAAAUGCUUUUUUAUAUGCAUUUUCUGAACACAUUUAAUCUGUAGAAAUCUCAGUUCUAAACUCAGUUCUAAUAAUGUAAGCCCUACAUUAUUAACAGCUGAAAAGCAAAUUGUGAACUGUGAAACACUGAAAAGUGUUGCAUGGUUAACAAGUUUAAGUAAAUAAUGUAGGAGAAACAUUAUAGAUUUAAGAACUGGUGCUUUAUCAUAUUAACUCUUACAGAUAUAAAAUAAAAUCUCAAUGAAAUAACACAUGAAAUGGACAAUAUAAAGAUAGAUUUACAGUACAUGUAUUUAUUGGAGACAUUAACAGUAGGCCUAUACAUACAGUACCUUUUGAUUUUUUUAAACUUCUACCAAAUGUAUUAUUUGUUUAAAUAUAAAUUAGUAUUAAUUAUAUAACAAUGACAGAUAAUACUUAAAAACAAACUUGUCAGUGAUGAUUUCUGCAAAUACGAUUCAACACAUUUUCCUUCAUUUCAGUGCACAUUUUGAUUGCUGUAACAUGCUAAUCACUGAUAAUGUGAAAUGCAUUUUCUGCCGUUACGAAAUACAAACAUUCCCUGUGAAAGUUAAGUAUGUCAAAGGGUGAGAAAAGCAAUGUAUUAUAUGUGAGGUGAUAUGAAUUAAGCUAAUCUCUUACAAUAAAGGGGGUGUAAAUCCAGUUUUCCAACCUGUGUGAAAUGUAGUCACCUGUUUCCUUUGGUAGCAUUUUUUGAUUGAUACUCUUGAUUAACUCAUCUGUUGACUGCUCACAAAAUAUUAGCACAUAGAAUUUGAUAGACAUGCAGGCCAUAAUCACAUCAUUUAAAAACAAUGGGAUUAUUCAGUAGGCAAAAGAGCAGUGCUGAACACAUCACAUACAGUAGACUGAAAAUGAAGCAACAGUAAAUGUAUUUCAUUUUGUAAAUACUGUAGCAUGUAGUUGUGACGUAUCGCCAGUCUUAAAUAAUUAAGAAUUAUUUCAGAUUAAGAAAAAGUACAGAUAUUGCAUUAUGGCAAUAUCCUGAGUGCAGGACUUGUCAAAGAUCAUUGCUCAUCACUGUCUAAGCCUUCAGAAGGACUGUUGGAUUUUUUAGACCUUUGUCUGAAACAUGCAUUAAUAUGGUCAGUGUACAAGUUGUUUAAAUCACCCACAUUUAGGCUACUAAAUUGCUACUUCUUUCAAUUGUACUUUUAUUAAUAAUAGGUAUUAAAUGCCAGACCAUUAUGGAUGUAUCAAAAACUGUAGAAAAUGGUCUUUUGUAGUACUGGAUUCCUGGUUUAGAUACUAAACAUUGUACAGUGAUGUUUUUGUCACUUUGGCUUGUUACAAUUCUGUUCACUGUUGUUUCAUACCAAUGUUUGUCUUUUCCAUUGCUUGAGGGUCACAUACUGCAAUUAUUUUAAGCAACUGCAGCCACAGUAGCAAAAUUUGCUUAGCAAACACCCUAAUUCAUGGCAACAUAUUGUAACAAUUUUUUAUUCCAAUUCAGAUAUAAUCAUUUAAUUUUAUUUAACUAAGUGGAUAAAUGAAACCCUUUGCAUUAGUACACAGCACUGACUGAUUUAAGAUACUUAUAAAUCAUGCUGGUGUGUGACCCUCAAGGACUGAGACUUGUGGAACACUGUUUUUAGAGUCAUUAAAAAAAAUAGCAAAUUGAUCGCACAUGCGUGUAAAAGCCCAGAUAGCUUGUCAUUUUUCUGUGCGUUAUUGAAAUUAGUCUUUGUCUUAAAAGCUGUUUUUGAAAUUAUAAAUGAGUGGAUAUUUUUGUUAUACUUUUGUUAAUGGUGAUGUGUCAUAACAAAUUAUUAUUUUAUAUUAGUAAUAUGCAGAAAAUGGAAAAUAAGACGUAUACACUAGCAUAGCAAAUUUAUUUUUGUAAAAAACAUAUUUAAAAAGCCACUAUACAUGUAUCGGUGCAGUUACGCAUUGAUCUGUUUGGUUAUUUUAAGCAUAGUGUUUUCUGCAAACAUCAUUUUGUCUGCUUGCUUAAGUAUUUUCAGUAACCAUUUUGAAAUAAAGCUGUAUUCUUUAU